CUCACGACCAAAAAAAAAAAAACCACUAUAAGUCUUGACUCAAGCCCUCGGCUUCUCUGGUUUAUUUCUUGCUAAGAAGACGAAAAUGGAGGCCCAGCUCAUAGACCAGACGACGGAAUGGCAGGACCGUGCGCAGUACAUGACUGCGCCCAACCUCAGGGCCAUUGAGCCUGCUCUAGCAGAGCUCGAUUCUCACCUCACCCUCCGCACGUACAUUGUCGGAUACACCCUCACCGACGCGGAUACGACAGUUUGGAAGACUAUCCGCGAGAACAGGGUCGCCUAUGCCUAUGUCAAGCAGAAUCUCAUGCCCAAUCUCUGCAGGUGGUUCAGGUAUAUCGAGGAAGCCUAUCCACAGCAAACAGCCCUACCCACGCGAGGAAAGGGAGGAGACGAUGGCAAGGCUAACAACGGAAAGAAGGCCGAUGACGGUGCAAAUUAUGGCAUUGGGCUACAGGAUAUCGGUGAUGGCACAGGUAUUGUCACCAGGUUUCCGCCUGAGCCUUCCGGCUACCUCCAUAUCGGCCAUGCAAAGGCCGCACUCCUCAACGACUACUUCGCCCACGAGGAGUACAAGGGCACUCUACUUCUGAGAUUUGACGACACAAACCCUCUGAAAGAGAAAGAGGAGUUCCAGGAUGCUAUUAUCGAAGAUCUCGCGUUGAUGGGAGUCAAGGCAGACAAGCUCUCAUACACCAGCGAUUACUUCCAAGAGCUGUACGACUUCUGCGUGCAGAUGAUUAAGGACGGUAAUGCAUAUGCCGACGACACGUUACAAGAGAAGAUGAGGCAGGAGCGCAUGGAUGGCAUUCCCAGUGAGCGGAGGAACUCAAGCGUCGAAGAUAAUCUGGCACGCUUUGAGGAGAUGAAGAUGGCUACAGAUGAAGGCAUUCGCUGGUGCAUUCGGGCAAAGAUAUCAGUCGACGAUCCAAACAAGGCCAUGCGUGACCCCGUCAUUUACCGCUGCAGUCCCGAGGUGCACCACCGUACUGGCGACAAGUGGAAGAUCUACCCUACCUACGACUUCUGCUGCCCCAUAAUCGACGCUAUUGAAGGUGUGACCCACGCGCUUCGCACCACCGAGUACAACGAUCGUGACGCCCAGUACCAGUGGAUGCUAAAGGCCCUGAAGCUUCGACACGUUUACAACUGGGGCUUCGCUCGCAUGAACUUUAUUCGUACACUGCUAUCUAAGCGCAAACUCACUCGUGUCGUGAACGAGGGUGUUGUGUGGGGUUGGGAUGACCCGCGUAUGCCGACGGUGCGUGGAGUUCGUCGGCGAGGUGUCACUAUCCCAGCACUCCGUGAGUUCAUUCUUAAGCAAGGCCCCUCCAAGAACAUCGUCAACCUCGACUGGUCCACAUUCUGGGCCACAAACAAGAAACACAUCGAUCCAAUUGCAGCACGCUAUACAGCCAUCGCCGAGGAAGCAAAGGUUCCCGUCACGAUUAUGGGAGCUCGCGAGGGCAUAAUCACGGAGGAGAAGGACAAGCAUGCCAAGUACACAAACCUGGGCAAGAAGAAGGUCGUAUUCAGCUCAUCCGUCCUGCUGGAGCAGGCCGAUGCCGCAUCUUUCGCCCAAGACGAGGAAAUCACGCUGAUGAACUGGGGCAACGCCAUUGUCCGUAAAAUUAAUCACUCGACCAACCCGCUUGCACAACCCGCCGGCAUCAAGACUGUCACGAGCCUCGAGCUCGAGCUGCACCUUGAAGGCGAUUUCAAGAAGACUUCGAAGAAAGUAACUUGGCUCUCCGUUGACCAGAACCUCAUUCCCGUCGAGCUUGUCGACUUCGAUUACCUUAUUACCAAGGAUAAACUUGAACCAGAGGACAAUCUUGAGGACUUUUUGAACAAGGAGACGGAGUUCAGGACAAAGUGUGUGGCUGAUUGUAAUGUGGCCGAGCUGAAAGUCGACGAUAUUAUCCAAUUCGACCGAAAGGGAUACUUUAGGAUUGACAAGGCGUCUGCGCAUGGCGAGCCUGCUGUUGCAUUCCAGAUUCCGACAGGCAAAACUUUCUAUGCCAAUGACUUGUUCAAGACCCUCGUGCUGCUGAACAUGCAUAUUGCGUAA